UAGCGUGAUGAUAAAAAAUAGUGCCAUAAAAUGACCUGACAAACUCAUUACUGACUUCUUGAUAUUAAUAAGGAAGUAUGUCUUUAAGGCUCUACCAGGAAAUACUCUAACACUGAUGUGUCCAGAACUUGUAGGUUGCUCUCAUGUCAAAUUUUUCAAAAUGAUGUGCACAAAGAUACUAACACUGCUCAGCUCGCAUCCAUUACGGAGAAUUCAGCCUUGUUUCACCUGUUUUACGACUAUCCAGAGAGACAGGAGAGAUUACAGUACAGUUCCACUUGCCUCAGGAUGCUGCUUUAUUAAAAGAGACUUUCAGAAACAGAGAAAGAGUUUGUCAGGUAUGCCUCACUAUGGCGUCAACAACAAAAGACCUUUCAGCUUGAGUCCAGCAGGGAUUGUCAAUGCAGCUCCAGCAUCUGUUCAGCCGUACCUUCGCUUAAUGAGAUUAGACAAACCGAUUGGAACAUGGUUGCUGUAUCUGCCCUGUACAUGGAGCAUCGGGCUGGCGGCGGACCCGGGCUGUCUACCUGACCUACAUAUGCUUGCACUGUUUGGGACUGGAGCUUUGCUGAUGAGAGGAGCUGGGUGUACCAUUAAUGAUAUGUGGGACAGAGACUUUGACAAGAAGGUGUCCCGGACAGCCAUGCGGCCCAUAGCUGCAGGAACGAUCUCUCAGUUCCAGGCGCUUGUCUUCCUGGGAGGCCAGUUGAGCUUAGCUCUGGGUGUCCUGCUGUGUCUCAACUAUUACAGCAUAGCCCUUGGUGCCGCCUCAUUAUCCCUAGUUGUCACCUACCCUCUAAUGAAGAGAAUAACCUACUGGCCUCAGCUUGUUUUGGGUCUUACUUUUAACUGGGGAGCUUUGCUUGGCUGGUCAGCCGUGACUGGAUCAUGUGACUGGACUGUUUGUCUGCCUUUGUAUUUCUCUGGAGUUAUGUGGACGCUGAUAUAUGACACCAUCUAUGCUCAUCAGGACAAGGAGGAUGAUGUUAAAUUGGGUGUGAAGUCUACAGCUCUGAGGUUCCAGGAACACACUAAGCCUUGGCUGAGUGCCUUCACUGUGGCAAUGCUGUGUGGAUUAAUAUUCGCAGGUGCUAAUGUAAACCAGACAGUCCCAUACUAUGGAGCUGUGUCCGCAGUGGCUCUUCAUCUUGCACGACAGAUCUAUUCUUUGGACAUUAACAAGCCUGAGGAUUGCUGGAAGAAAUUUGCCUCUAAUCGUAAUUUAGGACUUCUUUUAUUCUUAGGGAUAGUUCUUGGCAAUUUGUGGAAGAGAAAUGAUAGUCAGCACGAUGGUUAAAAAACAUGUAAAACAUUGUUGUUUAUGUAAAUAUGUAUUUUGCUUAAUCGUGAUCACUCAUUUAAAACAUUUAUUACAUUUUAAUAAACAGGGACAUUAUACUUCUUUAAAAAAUAAUUAGAAACUGUUACAUUUAUAAUAAUAAAAAAAAGACAUGAACAUUGAGAACAGAUAUCAAGUUACAUCUACAUACACCAACAAAAGCCAAACACAUUUAAAGGAAUUUUUUUAUACAUGAAAUAAAAUAUAUAACAAACCUA